AUGGGAAAACGUCUCCCACUUCUUACCACUUUUGGUGAGAGCACAUUCAAAGAUCUUCCUAAAUCCUUUGAUCCCCGAACGAAAUGGCCAAACUGCAAGACCCUAUUUGAAAUUCGUGAUCAGGGCAGCUGUGGAUCCUGUUGGGCAUUUGGUGCUGCAGAGGCGAUGUCAGAUCGUUUGUGCAUUCAUAAUCCAGAAGCGGUAAAAGGAACUGCGGAUAUUGUACGACUAAGUGCCGAUGACUUGCUGUCCUGCUGCUCCAUUUGCGGAAUGGGCUGUAAUGGUGGGUUUCCGCUGGAAGCCUGGGAAUUUUGGAAGCGCAAAGGUCUUGUUAGCGGCGGUCUUUAUGGAACGAAGGGCGUCUGUCGGGCUUACGAGAUACCCCCAUGUGAACACCACGUAAAUGGUACCAGACCGCCAUGCAGCGGAGACGCAAAAACCCCGAAAUGUAAACACACCUGCCAACCUGAGUACAAGGUUACGUACGCCAAGGACAAACACUUUGCCACAAAAGUGUACUCCAUCCGAAAAGACGAAGAUGCCAUCAAACACGAGCUGUUUACUAACGGACCGGUGGAGGCCGACUUCGAGGUGUACGCUGACUUCCCCAGCUACAAGUCCGGAGUCUACCAGCACGUGAGCGGGGCCCUGCUAGGUGGCCACGCAAUCAAGCUGAUGGGCUGGGGUGAAGAGAACGGAGUGCCAUACUGGCUGUGUGCCAACUCCUGGAACACCGAUUGGGGUGAUGGCGGAUUCUUCAAGAUCUUGCGUGGUGAAAAUCACUGUGGCAUUGAAAGCGACAUCAAUGCAGGAAUUCCUAAAGCAAACACCACCUGGACAGCUGGAAUUAACACACGUUUCGUCGACGCUACUUCAACAAAAUCACAACUAGGAGCUCUGCUCAACCCCUAUGGCCGCACUCUGUCCAUCAAAACCCACUACCCGCUUUUGUUUCUUGGAAAAGAAGCGUUGCCAAAGGAAUUCGAUGCGAGGAAAGCCUGGCCCAACUGCCCGAGUAUUGGAGAGAUCCGCGACCAGGGCGCAUGUGGCGCGUGUUGGGUAAGCUCAUCAUGGUUGUCUUUCUUUAAUUAG